AUGAACGUCCACAGUAUCUGGCCAGGCGACCUAAUGGGCACGCAGCAUUGCCACCUACUCUGCCUGCACAAGAUGAAGUUCUGCUUCUAUCAUGGGCUCUCCUGCACCCUCUCCUACAUCGCUGAGGACAAAGACAGGAGCUUCGAGGGCUUCGUGAUGGCCAAGGUGGAGGAGGAUCCUGAUGAUAUCCCUCAAGGGCACCUCACUUCCCUGGCGGCGCUCAUGAACCAGGCCUCGAGGGCCAUGAUUGAAAACUUCAGCGCCAAGUCCAUGUGUCUGCACGUCAGGAACAGCAACAGGGCAGCUUUACUCCUGUGUUCCAACACCUUCAACUUCCAGGUUCACGAGGUGGAGCCCAAACACUACGCAGAGGGGGAAGAUACCUAUGGCAUGAAGCGGGAUCUCUCCCAGAUGGCAGAGGAGCUGAGACAGCAGCUGAUGCUGAAGAAAGGCGGAUAUGUGCUUCCAGGCUCCCUGCAGAGGGAGAGUGGGAAGACUCAGGACAGCACCCUUCCGGGCUCCAAAGAGUCUGCUCAGCAACAGAACCUGGAAGGCAAGGCUAGUGACAGCAAAGGCAGCAGUGAAAUUGAGGACGGUGCAGAAGACUUAGAUUUUGUGUUCUAA